AUGGACUCAGAACAAGUAGAGGUGGCCGCCCUGAAUCGCCCUUUUGCCUUGGGGUUGCUGUAUGAUGCAAAGAAAGAUAAACUGUACACAGAUUUCACACUGUGGGACACGGAAACGAUUAAAAAGUACAGCGCUAGGCAGAAUCAGACCAGUAGCAACUAUGAAAUUACUGCAACAGACUCAAUUGAGUCCAAGUCUGCUCUGCUGGAUGUCAGCGCUUCUGUCAAAGCCAGUUUCCUGGGGGGACUGAUUGAGGUUGGAGGAUCUGCCAGGUAUCUGAAUGACAACAAGAAAUCCAAGAACCAGAGCAGAGUGACGCUUCAGUUCAGUGCUACGACUGCAUAUGAACGACUGACAAUGACCCAUCUUGAAGCAAAGACCACACAAAUACAAGAUGUCAUUAAGAAGAGCCAUGCAACACACGUAGUCACAGGCAUCCUUUAUGGAGCAAAUGCUUUCUUUGUGUUUGACAGCGAGAAACUGGAGAGCAGGAGUGUUAAGAACAUCGAGACCAGCAUGCAGGCUGCGAUUAAGAAGAUUCCAACGUUUAACUUUGAGGCAAAAGUUGACAUCAAGCUGAGUGAUGAAGAAAAAGCUGCAACUAAAAAAUUCUCCUGCAAAUUCUACGGAGACUUCAUUCUUGACAGCAACCCUUCGACAUUUGAAGAUGCAGUGAAGACAUACUCACAGCUUCCAAAGCUCCUUGGUGGCAAUGGAGAGAAGACAGUUCCUGUCAAAGUGUGGCUGACAGCGCUGAAGAAACUGGACCCAACAGCUGAAGAGAUGAAGAGUGAGAUUAGUGUUGGGUUGCUGAGGAAAGCUGUGAAUGCUCUAGAAAACAUCAAAGAAAUGGAAAUGAGAUCCCUGAUCACAUCAGAGUUCAGCCUCACAGAGCUGUCAGCAUUACUGUAG